ACAUUGAUUGGAUGGGAGACUUUCAUUACCACUCACACACAUAUAUAUUUAUAUAUCAGGCCUUAUCGUUUUAUGUAGAUCAUUAUCGAACAACCAAGCACAGACGCCUCGACAGAAACUUGGAAAAAUGGUAUGUUUAAGUAAUUUUGAGGAUAGUUCUGUGAUGGAACUUGGAAUUCUCCAGACGGGUGAUAAUUAGCUCGCUGAUAUGAAAUUAAUUUCACAACUGGAGACUGAGAUUUAAAAUUUUACACAAUGGCUUUGAAUAUAACAAAUAUGAAAAAUUCUACCGACAUUGCUGAUUCAGAAUAUGGAAUCGAACGCACCAGCUUUUUAAUACGACUCUUAGCACUUCCAGUGAUAUGCUUCAUAGGUUUUGUGGGUAACUCAAUAUCCAUAAAAUUGUUUGUGAGAAAAACACAACGAACGACGUCUUGUUGCAUCUACCUCGCCAUGAAAGCCAUCUCCGACAACGGAUUUCUUUUUACACUCCUAAUAGCAUGGUUAGAUUUUGUAGACAUUCGAGUAUUUCACAUCGAAGGCGUCUGCCAAAUAGUUCUAUUUUUAUCAUAUCUUUGUGGAUUUAUGUCGGCAUGGGCCGUUGUUUUUGUUACGAUAGAAAACUACAUAAGAGUUUGUUGCCCCGUGAAUGUCGCAUCGACUUGCACGGCAAAAAUUGCUCGAAACACUGUCGUGACCUGUUUCAUCUCAGCCUGCAUCAUAUAUAAUUUCCCCUUAUGGGGUGCAAAAAUAACUGUGUUUCAAGGGAAAGCAUAUUGUCAUACUAAUCCAGAAUUCCAAAACGUGCAGCUUGCCUUAACUUAUGUGGACACUAUACUGACACUCGUGGUGCCGCUAUUUAUAGUACCCGUCCUAGUUCUCAGGACCAUCUUCAAUUCAGGGGAGGCAACCCGCCGAUCCACUCGCCUACGAGGGUCCCAUUCCACGGCUCGUAGAAAGAAAAUCUCCCCACACUGCGCCGUCACCAGACUUUUAUUAGCUGUAGCUCUUGUCUUUCUGUUUCUACACACCCCAAGCCAUAUCGUCCGUAUCAAGGUUACCGUAGAAGGUCUGAUGAAAAAUGUCCAGUCAGCUUCCUCCGAAGACAGGGUGCUCCAGCAGUUGUUUCUUACACUUUAUUAUCUGAACUAUGCUGUAAAUGUUUUUAUUUAUGUUUUUUGUGGAAGUGGUUUUCGGACGACUCUGUAUACGACAAUCAAGGCAAUCUCGACCAAAAGGAGAAAGCCGAGGGACAGCGGGAAUAGCACUGUCAGUAUAGAGGAACUUAUAAGGGUGUCCCACUCGUUCUUUGUCGGGGAGGACAAUGUGGAGACAUCAUUAUAAAUAUUUCUUUAUUUUAUAUGCUUUAUUAGUUAUUUAUGCUGUAUGACAUUCAAGUUUUUUUUCAUAUAAAAUGUAUAUAUGAAAUCAAAAUAUUUUCAAAUAUAUG